AUGGUCAAGAAAACCCAAUUUGAGUCAAAAGAAACAAAGAAUGGGAACUUGUUCUCGAUAUGGAAUUAUGAUGGACAUAUUGCAUAUGAAGACAUCAUUCUAGCAACCGAGGACUUUGAUAUAAGAUAUUGUAUUGGAACCGGUGGUUAUGGUAGCGUUUACAAAGCAAAAUUACCUGGUGGCAAAGUAAUUGCCUUGAAGAAACUUCAUCGAUUAGAGGCUGAGAACCCAACUUUUGAUAUGAGUUUCAGGAAUGAGGUAAAAGUGUUAACAAAAAUUCGACAUCGAAACAUUAUAAAACUUCAUGGGUUCUGUUUACAUAAACGAUGCAUGUUUUUGGUUUAUGAGUAUAUGGAAAGGGGAAGCCUAUUUUGUAUCUUGAGCAAUGAUAUUGAAGCUAUGGAAUUGGAUUGGAGCAAGAGGGUGAACAUCAUCAAAGACACCGCCCAUGCCUUAUCUUACAUGCAUCAUGAAUGCAUUCCAUCAAUUGUUCAUCGAGAUAUAACAAGCAACAAUAUUUUAUUGAACUCGAAACUAGAGGCUUUUGUCUCAGACUUUGGCACAGCUAAACUUCUUGAUCCUGAUUCUUCAAAUCAAACAUUAGUUACAGGCACUUACGGUUAUAUUGCCCCAGAGUUGGCUUAUACCAUGAAAGUUACUGAAAAGUGCGAUGUGUAUAGCUUUGGAGUGGUGGCAUUGGAAAUAUUAAUGGGAAGACAUCCAACAGAACUCCUAACUUCAUUAUCAUCAUCAUCUUCUCAAAACGUGAUGUUACAUGAAAUAUUAGAUCAACGUGUGCUGCCUCCAGAUCAUCUAGUUGCACAAGAUAUUUUCCUUGUCGCUACACUAGCAUUUGCAUGCCUACAGACCAAACCAAAGUCUCGGCCUACAAUGAACUGCGUGUCUCAAGAAUUUCUUUCUCGGAAGAAGCCAAUAGCCAAACCUUUACAUACAUUUUCACUAUGGCAGUUAAGGAACCAGAAAAUGUAUAUGGUUGACUCAGGGGAUGAAACUCAAUUUUGA